AUGCCUGCUUCUGAGCCGCUAGAACGCCGACAGCUACGGCAUGCACUGCGUGCACUAACGAGUCGAAUCAAAAACUCUCAAGUCCUCGAAUUCUAUCAGAACACGGCGAAAGCUUAUGACAUCGACAUUUUGCUCAUGGAGUUAGGCCAAUCAAAAUCCAGGCCUAUCUUUUUUAUCCCAUGUCCUGCCUCCCUACUUCUGACUCCGAGUGAUGCCUAUGAAGAGGAAGGACGAGAAUUCCAUGAUUUUGAUGCAUUCCACCCGGACGAUAAAAGCCCGAUGACCUGUGCAUAUUGGUUGACGGGUUUUGUUCUUGGUUAUGCUUACGCUUGCCUUCGCGGUGCCGGGCAUGAGGAGCUGUAUAAGCUUGGAGAACGAUGUAUCGACGACACGCCCUUCAAAGGCCUGCAUCAAUUUCAGUCUCCAGAAUGGGUGACCAGAUGGGCCAUCCAGGUCGCCGAGGGUUCACAAACACGUAUCAAAGCCUUUACGUACCACAACAUGAACGGGACAGACAACAAGAUUCUGCGGGGCGAGGUCAUGGUUGUCCUGCGCUUGAUGAUCGCGCAGUUGAGGCGAGUCCGCUACAUCGAGCAGCUGACUGCACCGGUAAAGCUCACUGAUACCCUUGGACCAUCCUGAGCGGCUGACUCGGUUUCCACAAAGGUCCUGCUAUUCUCCUUCAUGGGACCCCAACAUGCUGGACUGGUUGAGGCAUAUUUCAACGACCUCGCUAGUAGUGCGUCCGACGCGCUUAUUUGACCUUCGCAAGAAGGAUUGGAAUGUUACAAAGACCUUGGGUCAGUGGUAUUAUGGGCUGCCCGCUGGCGAUGCUACACAAUUAGGGAGCUCGGGG